AUGUUUUCCUUUCUUCUUCUUCUUGUUGCUACUUCACUUCUUCUUUCCCCCUACCUUCCUUCAUUGUUUCAAAGAUUUCUUGAUCUCAAAUCCGGAAAACUCAGCUUCUCUCAUGGCCCUAAGUCCUACCCAAUCAUCGGUUGCCUCGUUGCAUUCUACCAAAAUCGCCAUCGUCUUUUAGACUGGUACACUGAAAUCCUCUCUCAAUCACCUUCUCAAACAAUGGUGAUCAAGAGGUUUGGUGCACCUAGAACCAUCGUCACAGCCAAUCCGCAAAAUGUUGAGUAUAUCCUGAAAACCAACUUCAACAACUACCCUAAGGGCAAGCCCUUCACCGAAAUCUUAGGCGAUUUCCUCGGUCGAGGAAUAUUCAAUGCUGAUGGCCAUCUCUGGCAGGUUCAGCGCAAACUCGCCAGCCAUGAAUUCAGUGCAAAGUCCUUGAGAGAAUUUGUUGUCAAAACUCUCGAGGAACAAGUUCAAAACAAGCUUUUCCCAGUGCUUGAAAUGGCUGUGGAAAAGAACAUAGUCUUGGAUUUACAGGAUGUGCUUAGGAGGUUUGCAUUUGACACAAUUUGCAAGGUCUCACUGGGGAUGGAUCCUCGUUGUCUAGACAUUUCUCAACCUGUCCCUCCUCUUGCCAUAGCAUUCGACAAAGCAUCAGAGAUCUGCGCGAGACGCGGUGUUGCUCCAAUCCCUGCAGUCUGGAAAAUGAGGAGAGCCCUUAAUUUAGGGUCUGAGAAGGAGCUCAAAGAAGCAGUUGAUCUUGUUCAUGGCUGUGUUGAUGAUAUUAUCCAAACCAAAAAAACGAAACUCAAUGAGAAUGCUGAUCAAAAAACCAGCAAUAACGAUCUUUUGUCGAGGCUGUUAUUAGCUGGUCUUGAUGAUGAAAUGGUUAGAGAUAUGGUGAUAAGUUUCCUCAUGGCAGGAAGGGAUACAACUUCUUCUGCAUUGACAUGGUUGUUCUGGCUUCUUUCUAAACACCAUGCUGUCAAAGAGAACGUCAUGAAUGAGUUGGAAAUCCUCAACCUUAAAGAAAAGCCAUUGGAUGUAGAGGAUUUGAAAGAAAUGAGGUACAUAAAGGCAUGCUUGUGUGAGUCAAUGAGACUAUAUCCUCCAGUAGUUUGGGACUCCAAGCAUGCUGAGAAUGACGACAUCUUGCCUGAUGGAACAAUUGUUUACAAGGGAAAUAGGGUGACCUAUUUCCAAUAUGGGAUGGGGAGGAUAGAGGAAUUGUGGGGAAAGGAUUGUUUUGAGUUCAGACCAGAUAGGUGGUUUGAUGAAAAUGGGAUGCUGAAAAUGGUUGAUCCUUACAAGUUUCCAGUGUUUCAGGCAGGUCCAAGAGUUUGUCUUGGGAAGGAAAUGGCUUUCAUUCAAAUGAAGUAUGUUGUGGCUUCAAUUCUAAGGAGAUAUGAGAUCAAGAAAGUUGAUGAUAAUCAGCCUAUUUUUGUUCCUCUCUUGACUGCCUUUAUGGCUGGUGGGCUCAAAGUUAGGAUUCACCGCCUCAACCAACCGGGCUUGUGAUUUUGUGAGAGAGCGAAGGUUUGGUGGAACCAAAAUGUGCUGUCCGGUUCAAUUCAUAUAUAGAUUUGCUUGAACUGAUAUCCCGACAGACAUUACUGCAGCUUAUUAAUUAAGACACAGUAGUUGUGUUGUUUUGUUCACAUAAAUUAAUGU